AUCUGAUAUUUACAAACAUUAAACUGCGGAAAAAACUGCUGGAAAAUUUACGCAUCGAAAUAAAAAUCCAAAUAAAGGAAAAUACAAUCGAAAAAUUGUUAAAAAUUCAAUUAAAAAGCCUCUGAGCUACGGUUCUAUUUAAAGACACUGCAAAUUGUGACAUAAUACCAUCGAAAACUGGGAUAAAAGACCUCAAAAUGUCAUCGAAUUCAGGUUCUAGUAUGCAGCUCACACCGUUACGGUCGCUCAAUGAUUUUGCUUUGGAGAGUGCCCGUUUUCAGUUGCCCGCCUUUAAUGACUUGGAAAAGUGGGGAAAUCGGGUAACGAAGAACUUGUUGUACUACCAAACGAAUUAUUUUGUCUUGUGGGCAGUUGUUUUUACGCUCAUUGGGCUCGUGCAUCCCGGCAAAAUUAUUCUAGGCAUCGUGAUUGCAUUUGGAGCGUUAUAUGGCUUACAAAAGUUCUGCGGAGCUGGUGCAGGUGACAUGCAACAGAACAAAUACGUCGUUCUCGGUGCAAUUGCCUUCACCAGUUACAUCAUUCUUUAUAUGAUGGAUGCCGUUUUGAUUGUUGGACUUGCGAUUUUCCUGCCAAUUUCCCUUACUUUCAUUCAUGCCAGCUUACGUUUACGCAACAUCCAGAACAAGAUAACAAACACAUUGGAAGUCGUUGGCAUCAAACACUCACCAAUGGGCAAAUUCCUCGAAGCAAUGGGCGUUAUGCCCGAUACGUUUUGAGUUGUCGGAACGCAUUGCCAUUCAAAUUCUUACAUUUUAUCAACAUUUAUCGCGCAUUAAUUUCACUUUCUUAUGGCCGCCUGCAUUUUUCAAGAGAUUAUUUACCGGCUGGGACAUUUCGCGGUGGACGAAAAAAUUGAAACACAAGACAAAGAGCUUAAAACAACGAAAAAUUGACAAAACUCUUGAGAAAAAGAUUCAAUGAUUUGUCCCAUUUUAAUUUUUUAUCAAAUUUUACUUUGAAUUUUUUUUUUCGUAAUUUUAAGACAUCACAAUUUUUGAAAAUCCUUCCUCUUAUAAGAUAUUAACUAAAAAUAAAAUAUUGUGAUUAAUGAAGCUUGUAGAAUUCGUAGAAAAACACCAAAAAAACUAACCGUUCAAAGUAUUGUCCUGUUAAUGUUUA